CACAGGGUGCCCUGCCACCCCUCUCAGCCCUCCGAGAAUAUCAAGAAUGUCCCCUGAGCCUCACCAGGAGGCUCUGUCAUCCCUGGUGGACCAAGAGCCAGUCAGUGGCCACCUGGGGCCUCCAGCUGGCACACCUGAAGACCCGGUGGCUCCUGAGUGCCCACAAGACAUCAAGGCCAGCUCCACACGGGUAGUCUUCUCUGACAACCGACGGUCAGUCCCUGAGUCCCUGGACCCCUGCACCCUGCGGCUGCUGUGGAGGCAGCGGGAACUGGAGAUCCAGGCCCUGAGGUGGGCCAUUCAGAACCGUCAGGAUGCCCGGCACUGCCACAUCUUGCAAGAGGUGGCUGGGCUUCCACCUGAGAGGAGCUCACACAGUCAGAAAAAGGUCCUGCAGCACCAGGUCCAGAAGCUGACUCUGGAAUUGAAAGAGCAGAAGGAAAAGGCCCAGCUGGAGAAGGCACAGCUGGAGGAGCGGCUGCUACAGACCCUGAACACACUGCAGCAGCUGGAGGCCGAGCUGCAGGCCUUCCAGAAAUCCUGCCUCCUGCAGCUGGCUCGCUCCUCCUGGGUGGGCCGCAUGCUUCGGUCUUCAACUGGCAGUGUGGAGGUAGUGACCGCAGAAACCCUGAUGGACUCCAGUGAUGUCUCUGAGAACGGUCAGGGCUCCACUGCUGGGGAGGGUUUCCGGCUGGAGGAUGUAGACUGGAACAGCAUCGCCCAUCGAUAUCCCAACCUCUUCACCAAGAUCAAGUCCAAUGCAGACCAAAAGCACCCCCUGCCCCCAAAGGCCCCAAUGCCUGGCGAGUGGGGCUCCAAGUUGCACAGACGGCACAUGAAGCAGAGUCUCAAGAGUGUUGAGUGGAGCUCCCUGCCCUUGGGCACCAGCAGCUCUGGGGGAUCCGACUCCAAUUCCAGCAGCUGCCAGCUCACCAAUCCUUAUACGGUGCAGAGGGUGACAGGGCACCCACCCUCCCCACCAAGCUUAACUUCCUCUGAGAAGACGGAGGUGCUGGCAGGGAGCCUCAGCAAGGAUGCCCAGGCAGAGCCUGAAGGGCUCUGCAGGGCGGCUCCGGUCUCGCAGAUGUCCCAGUGGACGCUCCAUAUGCAGGCCCCCUCCUGGACAGGCCUCCUCUCCCUGGAUCCCCGUAAAACCCAUUCAGACUGGGGAGGAAAGGCCGUCCAGGCACCCAAGGCCUGUGCAGAUCCCGAACACUGGCAUCCCGGGCACUGUUGGAGCCCGACCAGCUCCUGCCUGAAGAUCGUGGCCGUGAGCCGCCGCGGCAGGUUCGUCCGCAUCCUCAACCAGUCGCCGGAGGACACUGCCGAGCUGAGCGGCCUCGUGCUUAAGCAGCUCGUGCGCGGCUUCCCGGAGCGCAUGUACCGCUUCCCGCCCGGCACGCGGCUGGGGCCGCGGCAGCUCCUCACGGUGCGCCCCGCCCCGCCGCCCCGCCCCCCGGUCUCAAGUCCGGAUGCCCCCCGCCCCUCACUCUCCCGCCUCCCGCUCCCUCCCCAGGUGUGGGGCGAGGGGCGCUGCAGCUCCCAGAAGCCGCCGCCCUCGUCCUUGGGCCAAGAGCCCGUCCGCUUCCACUCCAGCCCGGGCUGCGUGACUCUCCUCCUGAACCCCAAGGGCGAGACCCUCAGCGAGCACCAGGCCCCGCAGACCCUCAGCGAGCACCAGGCCCCGUGCUCCGUGGCCCCCGCCUCGAGGCUCUGCUCUGACGACACCGACUUGUCCACCGACCGCUUCCCGCUCUCGGAGGCCCAGUCCCAGGCCGACAGCAGCGAACAGCUGCACCGCCCUCGACCUCCGCGCGCCGGUCGGCUGAGGGAGGCCCGGGCCGGACGCCGGAGGCUGCGGACGAGGGGCCUCUUGCCCCGCCUGACCACCGGCGAGCACCUCCUCCCGCGGGAGGGGCCGGCGCGGCCCGAAGGUGCCGACACCGACCCUGCGGAGCGGCUGCCCACCGUCCCGGGUGCGAGGAUGCCGGCUCGCGGAGGGAGGGGCGGGCCGGCAGGGAGCGGGCAGCUGGCCCGGCCCGCCCCUACCCCACCGCGGUCCCACGCAGAGGCCGCGCAGAGCCUCCGGGACGGCCAGGCUGGGAACGAGCCCAGAGUGAGGGUGUGCCGGAGGAGCGUGGACAGGUGCUGCCCCAUGGUGGCGCUGUCGGUGCAGAGCACGGCUGAGAGCAGAUUUGGCUUCCGCUUCCUCAGCUGCCCGCCCAUCACGGCGGACGCGCGUUGGCAGGUGUAAGGAGCGCGCAGGCCCUGAAGGGGCGAGGGGAGAAAGAGG